GUCCUUUUGUAUUGGUACUUCCAUUAUUUAUUGCCUCAUGCUUUGGGCAAUACCGCCUGUCUUAUGACUAUCCAGGAACCGCAUUGUAGAAGUCUUAAAAAGGCCAGCCGAUGCUCAAAGAAUCUGACUUAUAACCAUCGUAUAUAAACUCCGAGAGAAUCUUAAUAUUGUCACACAGUGCUUUCCCCGUGAUUAGUAUCAAAACUGUGCCAUUUGGAUAGACAGGCAACACCGUCUAGUGAGCAAAACUACAGUGGGCUUCAAGAUGGGAAAAAGAAAGGCAAAGAACACUAGCGAACCUUCACAGAAAAGGCGCUCUCCUAGGUUGUUAGAGAAACAAGAAGCGACCGAAUUGAAGGGGAGGAAGCCCAGGGUCCAUCAAAGUACCGAAUCCAAGUCGGCUUUUGAGCCUAAGACACCACCUGAGGUCCAAAGAUCGACAGAGGAUAAGGUUAACACCAGCUCUGCUUCGGAACCUCCAGCGUCACCAGAAAUCCAGACAUCGAUGAAAGCCAAAAUCGACGCUAGCUCAGCUUCUGAAUCUACAGCGUCAGCAAAUGUUAAAGAAUCCACAGAGGUUCAACAGCAUGAGGUGCCUGUUGAUGAACACGGGUUACCAGAGUUACCAGAAGAAAGACGCCCAGGUAGAUCCAUUGUUUGGACACGCCCGAGGUCUUUGAGCUAUAGGGGUGAAUGGAAUGAAGGCUGUACAAAGAACCUGUUCCACGACUUCAGCCGGCGUGUCUCAACUUGGGUGGAUAAAUACUGCUACAGGAGAGCAAAGCUCAGGGAUAGGUUGUCUGCCGGCGAUUUACAGAUAAUUCUGGACAGCCUUGGGAACUUUUGCCUGGACAAAGAUUGGAGGUCGAUUGAGGCUAGACUUGACAAGCUUGGCUAUAAUAACUUCUGGUAUUUUCUGCCAGGCACGGUGUUAAUGAAGCACCUCUUUGAAGAUGUUAUCAGUAAUCCAUUUGUCUACGUUGAGGGCAGUCAGGAGGGCACAGGUAGCCAGUCAAGCAUGGAUCCACCAGCCUUUGGGAAGGAAUUGUGGGGACUUUGGAAGAGGCUAAUCAAAGUUGACCCGAUCAGAGCAUCUGACUGGCGGAGAACGACAACCCAGCUCCUAAAUCAGGUCCACCCCGAACAUACGAGGAACUACAGGGUUGCACAUCAAACCGGCAAGGCCCAGGAGCUGCUCGCAAAUCGACUUGCGACCAGUAUGCUCAAGGAGUGUCAAGCCUUGCAGGUAGUAUUGAAGAAAAUGACCGACUCGAAUGAAUUUACAAACCGAUACGAAGGGCUUGUCGAAAUUUAUCGGUCCGCAAUUGACAUAUCUAUCUAUCUGGGAACAAUUGAAACCGAAUUUGAGUUCGAACUUGAUGUCAGGCGUCGCCACUCGAUAACUUCGGACGUUAUUGAUACGUUGCAGCAACGCCGAGAAGAUUUCGAAUACGACCAUAGGGACGACGGGGAAGAAGAAUUACGAAAGCAACUGGACAAAGAGAUCCCCCAGGUUGAGGAGGGCGACACCAUUCUUGAUUCAGCGAUCUAUUUCGCCGAUAUUGUUUACUCCAAAGACGGACCUCAGGCCUGCUCAUGCGGUGGUCGCUUUGUCUGUCGGGGCGGAUGUAUAGCCGACAUUGAUAGUGAUGAUGUUGAGGAUGAUGAUAAUGAUGAUGAUGGCAGCGAUUCAAACUCCAAAGUGGACCAUUGA